AUGUCCAAAUCAUCAAAAACAGUUGAUCCAAAUCAAAUAUCACGUGAUCUAUUCACAACAUUGACCAAUCUCCAUCAAGAGAUCUUAAAACAUGAAUCAAACACAAAUAAUAAUCCUAUCGAUCCAAAAAUUCUCUCCUGUAUUGAAUCAGUUUUAACUUCAUUAAAAUCACUUCGUUAUAUCGAAAGUCCAAAAACACUUUCUGAUAUAAUUCAUACUAUAUGGAAAAUAUACAUCACUGAUUUUCUUUCAUUAAUUGAAUAUGUCAAUAUUCUUGUUAGUGAUCAAUUUCAACAAAUAUUUAACUGUGUUAUGAAAGUAUAUGCAACUAUUAAUUUUCAAUCUAUCUUUAGAGAUGAUACACUCUAUGCUCGUGAUAAAUUCUUUCGUAUUUUUGAACUCCUAUCACUUCCAUCGAUUAUAAAUUUUCUUAAAAAUCAAUCUAACAAUGAAAUUAUGUCACAUAUAGCUAAUAUCUUACGUAUGUUAUUACUUCAAAUGCAAAAUAUUGAAGAAGAAAUUUGUUUCAAAAAAGAUGAUUUACUCAAUCAAGAAUCAAUUAUUCAGCUUCUAUUUGAAUAUGUAGAUAUGAAUUUAAUUGAGACUAAUAAUGAUAUUCAAUUAACAAUUAUUGAAAUAUUAGAAUUUAUUUGGACAUUAGUCGAUAAUACUAUUCUAAUACCACAAUUACUCAAUACAAAUUGUGUUUCAUUUACACUCAAAUGGAUUAAUAUGUGUGAAUUACCAUUUGCUAUUCAACGAGCUAGUAUUCGUCUCUUAUAUAAUAUUGCACGACAUGAAAAAGGAUGUAAUGCAUUAAAUGGAGCUGAUGCUCUUCGUUUACUAAAAGAAUUCAAACAACGAACUUUAGAUACAACUAUUAAUGACACAACUUACGAAGACAUACGUUUACUUUUUUCUAUGGCAUUAGCAUUAUUAACAGAACCAAAAGAAAGUAAAAGCGAUGCAAAAUCAUUAGGAAAAGUACUCGAUCAACUUAUGCAAAUGACAGUCAAUACGGCACAGAAAAAAAAUCAUAAAUAUGGGGAUUUUGAUAUUAGUGAACCAUUAGUAGUUUUCAUAAAACUUUUCAUUCACGAUGACAUAUUACAUUAUUGCAUUAAAGAAUCUCAAGUCAAAAAUAUGAAAGUAUCUUCAAAAAUCGUUUUUUUCUGUGAUUUAGUAAUGCAAUUUCGAGGUGCUCUUGCCAAAGAUGAUGAACUCGAUCAAUUAACUUUAACAGCUUUGAUGAACAUCAUUUGGAGUAUUUCAUUUCAUGACGAAUAUAUUGACGAGCUUAAAUCGAAUGGAAAAUUUCUUAUUACUAUCAAAAGUCUUGCUAAUGACGAUGGAGAAGCUUGGGUAGAACAAUAUGUACCAAAACAUAUGUCAUCAGUGAAAAAAGCUGCCGCUGGUAUUUUAUGGAAUCUCGAUGAAAAUAAUCCAGAAAAUCUUUUUGAUAUAUGGGUUGACUUUGCUUAUUGUCAUACAGAAGAUUUAUGGGAAGAAAUUGGUCAAGCAAUUGAAAAAUCUGAUAUAAUACUUUUUCUCAUGACAAAAGAUUAUCAAAACAGUAAAUCAUGUCGUCAAGAAGUGAUGUAUACGAAAGAUUCAUUGAAAAAAAAGUUUAUACCCGUGUACGUAGCUCGAGAUUUCGUUGCUAGUGGUUGGUUAGGUGUACGUAUUGUUGGUCCACAAUACAUUCGUUUUGGUAAAAAACCUUUUGAAGCAACAAUCAAAGAUCUCAUAAAACUUAUUUUCGAAGAUAAAAGUGAGAAAAACUCAAAAAAUAAGGAUUCUAAACCUGUUGAAAUAAAGCCUAAUGAGAAUGACAAAUCGAAUCAAGAAUUACUAAAAGAUGAUCAUGAAAAAUCUAAUCAAUCCAAUGGUGAGAUAACACAAGUAUCUGUACGUAAUUCUAAAUCAAUUAAAAAAUGGAAUUCGAAAGAUAUUAUCGAUUGGUUUGAUGCUAAUAAAAUUCGUCAUGAAUUAAAGGAAAUAUAUGAUUUUCAAUGUGGUACUGAACUUCUUCUCUAUGGUCAGUGUCUUCGACCAGAUUGGCAAUCUGAAUAUCUUGAUAUACGAGAACAAUUUUCAAAACGAUAUAAUACACCAUUAUAUCGUAAUGAAUUCGUUCGUUUAGUCACUUCAAUCAAUCAAUUGGAAGAAUUGCAGACAAAACCGGUUUCGAGUACAUGUACAAUUCUAUAA